CGACGAGGCGGGAGCGCGCGGCUGAAAGCCGGGGACCGUGCUGCGGCGAUUAGUCCUCUCCCGGCCGCCGUCGCCUCCGACAUAUUGCCCGCAGGAGCUGCGGCGGCGAAACGGAGAGCGCCGGGGGGAGGAGAUGGGAGGACGAAGAGGUCCCAAUAGAACAUCUUACUGUCGAAAUCCACUCUGUGAGCCAGGAUCCUCAGGGGGCUCUGGUGGGGGCCACACUUCUAGUGCAUCAGUGACCAGUGUCCGUUCCCGCACCAGGAGCAGUUCUGGGACAGGCCUUGCCAGUCCUCCCCUGGCUACCCAGACAGUCGUGCCUCUGCAGCAUUGCAAGAUCCCUGAACUACCCGUCCAGGCCAGCAUUCUGUUUGAGUUACAGCUCUUCUUCUGCCAGCUCAUAGCCCUCUUCGUCCACUACAUCAACAUCUACAAGACAGUGUGGUGGUAUCCGCCUUCCCACCCACCCUCCCACACUUCCCUGAAUUUCCACCUGAUCGACUUCAACUUGCUGAUGGUGACCACCAUUGUUCUGGGCCGCCGCUUCAUUGGGUCCAUCGUGAAGGAGGCUUCUCAGAGGGGGAAAGUCUCCCUCUUUCGCUCCAUCCUGCUGUUCCUCACCCGCUUCACCAUUCUCACGGCAACAGGCUGGAGUCUGUGCCGAUCCCUCAUCCACCUCUUCAGGACCUACUCCUUCCUGAACCUCCUGUUCCUCUGCUAUCCGUUUGGGAUGUACAUUCCAUUCCUACAGCUGAACUGUGAUCUUCGCAAGACAAGCCUCUUCAGCCACAUGGCCUCCAUGGGGCCCCGGGAGGCAGUGAGCGGCCUGGCUCGGAGUCGGGACUACCUCCUGACACUGCGGGAGACAUGGAAGCAGCACACGCGACAGCUGUAUGGCCCAGAAGCCAUGCCCACCCAUGCCUGCUGCCUGUCACCCAGCCUCAUCCGCAGUGAAGUGGAGUUCCUCAAGAUGGAUUUCAACUGGCGUAUGAAGGAAGUGCUUGUCAGCUCCAUGCUGAGUGCCUAUUACGUGGCCUUUGUGCCUGUCUGGUUUGUGAAGAACACACAUUACUAUGACAAGCGUUGGUCCUGUGAGCUCUUCCUGCUGGUGUCCAUCAGUACCUCAGUGAUCCUCAUGCAGCACCUACUGCCUGCCAGCUACUGUGACCUGCUGCACAAGGCUGCUGCCCAUCUGGGCUGCUGGCAGAAGGUGGACCCAGCACUGUGCUCCAACGUGUUACAGCAUCCGUGGACCGAAGAAUGCAUGUGGCCACAGGGUGUGCUGGUGAAGCACAGCAAGAAUGUCUACAAAGCAGUAGGCCACUAUAAUGUGGCCAUCCCCUCUGAUGUCUCCCAUUUCCGGUUCCACACCAGAAAAAAUUUGAAAAAGUAAACAAGUCUGAAGAAAGGAUCCCUGGAGGUAUAAGAUGAACAGUAUCUUAAAUGAUUUAAAUAGAAGCAGCAGCAUUGUCAAAGGAAUACCACAAGCAAAGACAGAUGAGGUGGCAAAGUCUAUGCCCAAUACUACAAAGUCUUCCUCCCAGCCAAGUCUGCAUGGGGUCCCGAGAGCUUGUCACUUUCACUGGCCCAUGCAGAAUUCCCCCAUCCACGGUGGAGCACAUCUAGCCCAUGCCUAUCCUUCCUGGGCAGUUCUUUUUCAGCAAACCCCUGCGGAUCCUCAACAUCCUUCUGCUGCUAGAGGGCGCUGUCAUUGUCUACCAGCUGUACUCCUU